GCUAAAAUCGACAUUUUUUUUGACGCGGUAUUUUUAGGUCCUGUUGGCGUUGACGGCCAUUUUCGAACGCGCCCCCAAGCCGUCGAUCGCAUCGAACAACAUGCGGCUCAUCUGGCUGCUCCUCCUUGCGCUGGCCGCGUCGCCGUUCGCAGCCGCGCCGCAGCUCGAGCAGCUCCCGCCCCGCCGCCUCAGCAUGACCAAGGAGCUCCAGCGGAUCUCGGCGUCGGCCAUCAACGUCGGGUACGAAGCGCUCACGGCCGCGUCGCCAUGGACGUCCGAGCCGCGCCCGACAAGCGCGCACUGGACGUGCAGCAACGUCGCCGCGAUUCUGACCCUCGCCGUCGUCAUAACGAUGGUCUGAGCCUUAUUUAUUCGGGCGAUCUCGGCCUCCACUUUUUCCAUUAGUAUGCUAGUAGUAAUCCAAGCACCGAUAGACAA